AUGCGCGCCCAACCGAAAGCUUCGCACUAUGUCGGCGGGUCUUAUCUGGAAAGCCAGACAGGCACACCUUUCGAUUCGUUCUACCCGGCAACCGGUGAAGUGAUCGCCCGGGUCCACACCGCCGAUGAUGCGGUCAUCGAAGCUGCGAUUUCCGCAGCGCGCACCGGCCAGGAGAUCUGGGCGGCCAUGCCGCCGGCCGAACGCGGCCGGAUAUUGCGCAAGGCUGCAGACAUCCUGCGGGAAAAGAACCGCGAACUUUCAGUCCUGGAAACUCUGGACACGGGCAAGCCGCUGCAGGAAACACUGAUUGCGGAUGCAGCAUCCGGUGCCGAUUGCCUGGAGUAUUACGGCGGCCUGGCGGCGACACUUACCGGUGAGCAUAUCGACCUUGGCGGCUCGUUUGCCUACACAAAGCGGGAACCGCUCGGCAUCUGCUUCGGGAUCGGUGCGUGGAACUAUCCGAUCCAGAUUGCCUGCUGGAAAGCGGCUCCGGCUCUUGUCUGCGGCAAUGCGAUGAUUUUCAAGCCGUCGGAAGUCACCCCGUUGAGUGCGUUGAAGUUCGCGGAAGCUCUGACCGAAGCAGGUCUGCCGGACGGUGUGUACAACGUCAUACAGGGGUUCGGCGAUGUCGGCGCAAAGAUGGUGGCUCAUCCGGACAUUGCCAAAGUGUCUCUGACCGGUUCCGUGCCGACUGGAGCGAAGGUGGCGUCGCUGGCGGGUGAGCAUCUCAAGAAGACAACGCUUGAGCUCGGCGGCAAGUCGCCUCUGAUCAUCUUUGACGAUGCCGAUGUUGAAAAUGCGAUUUCAGCGGCGAUCAAUGCAAAUUUCUAUUCCACCGGCCAGAUCUGUUCCAACGGCACACGCGUCUUCGUGCACAAGGCUAUCAAGGAACAAUUCCUUUCCCGCCUUGCAGAACGAACAUCCAGUGCCGUGCUCGGCGAUCCGCUGGAUGAAGCAACAAAUAUCGGCCCGCUGGUUUCCAGGCAGCAAUUCGACAAGGUGCUGUCCUACAUGCAGAUAGGCCAGGACGAAGGCGCCCGCCUUGUCUGCGGUGGCGGGUCUGCACAGGUCGACAGUUUUCCUGAAGGCUAUUUCGUCCAACCGACGGUCUUUGCGGACGUUCGGGACAACAUGCGUAUUGCACGGGAAGAGAUUUUCGGUCCAGUGCUCAGCGUUCUCGACUUCGGAGAUGAAGACGAGGUCGUUGCGCGUGCCAAUGACACGGAAUUCGGGCUUGCAGCCGGCGUGUUUACCAAGGACAUCCAGCGGGCGCAUCGUGUGAUCGGCAAACUGGAGGCAGGCACCUGCUGGAUCAAUACCUAUAACCUGACCCCGAUUGAAAUGCCGUUCGGCGGUUACAAGAAAUCCGGCAUCGGCCGGGAAAACGGUCACGCCGCGAUCGAGUAUUACAGCCAGAUCAAAAGCAUCUAUGUUGAAAUGGACGGGGUGGAAGCGGCGUUCUAG